GCUGGACGAAAUUCCGACUGGGAACUUUUUUUCGCCGACGAUCAGCGCGGUUGGGCUUGGCGCGUCGAGCUCGAGACCACGCACCUCCGCGCACACGCACACUCGAGCUGCAAGCGACCAUGACGAUGCGCCUCCCCGUCCGACGCACACAGCUGCCCCAGGCCGCGACAAGACCACCGCCGCCCACACGCUCCUCGGGCCACUCCUCCUGUCCCCGCCGCUUCUCGUGCAAGCACCCGCGCCAGGUGCUCGUCUCGCACCAGAGCUCCCCGCGGCCACAGCUCCCGUUCCUCUACCCCUCGGGCCAGCACCUCGCCAAUGGCCAGAUCCUGCGCCUGUUCUCCAUCAGCGCCAACCACAAGAAGUUCCUCAAGGAGACGGCCCGCCUCAGCGUGCGCUACUCGAUCCUCAUCUUCCUCGUCACCUCGUGCUUCAGCAUCGCCAGCCUGGGCAUCCUGAGCGAGCAGCAGGAGCGCGCCUUCCCCUCGCCGCACGAGUGGACCCUGAUCACGCGCUUCCGCUUUCGGCGCGGCAAGUGGUGGCAGGUGCCUGAGAACAACGAGGACGAGGGCUUCCCCAACUGGGCGCGCGUCUACUCGGAGCUGCAGUAUGCUCUGAACCGCCUGGAGAGUCCGGGCAAGGAUGGGGACGGGCUGGUGGAGCAGGAGGACGGCGGUAUUCUAGUCCCUGGCGUGGGCAAGGCGGGCUUCGACGUGUCGGCGAAGAGUGACGAGUGGCGGCAGGGCUACCACGAGGUGCUGAUGGACAUGGCCGCCUCCGCCGAGCGACUGGACGGCUGGGUCACAGACAGCUGGAGAAGGAACGUGUGGGCGCCCGAAUUCGUCGCCUCGUCCUCGAACCCGCGACCCAAGGCCGUGCUGCCCGGCAUGCCAGAAGUGCCCGACGAAGAGCACCGCGUCCCCGCCGCCGCCGCCCCCGAGACCUUCUACAUGAAGAUCAUCACCACCACAGGCUUCACCACGCACCAGCGCCUCGCCGCCGCCCUGGGCUACGCCGACUGGCUCAGCUUCAAGAAGCUGCCCGACUCGGCCGAGGAAAUGUACCGCUGGGCCCUCGACAUCGCCAUCUCCGGCCUGCCCCCCACCACAGACCCCACCACCAUCAUCAACCCCUCCACAGGCAUCCUCUCCGCCACAGCCCCCGCAAACGCAACAACCCCAAACAUCCUCUACGCCGCCACAAACCUCGCCACCUUCCUCGCAGCCCAAGCACGCCUCACCGCCGCCCUCCCAAUCUUCAUCUCCCUCCUGCGCGCACGCCUCGCCGCCCCAGACGCCCCGCCAUCACACACACCCCCACCCCCCGACUCAUCCCUAACACACACCCUCCUCAGCCUCCUCGCAGAACCAGACUACCCCCUCGUCGCCCCCUCAGGCAACGAGCCCCUCCUCCGCCACCCCGCAGACCGCUGCGACGAAGCCGCCCUGAAGACCUACAUCGGCGAGAUCCUCUUCGCCACCGCCUCGUCCCCCGCUCAGCGCGACCAGGGCCUCGCAUGGGUCCGCGACGCCGUCUCCACAUCUAAACUCGCGCAGUCUCUUGACGCGGUGCGUGCGAGCGAUGCGCGCAGGAAGAAGUGCGAGCAGUGCGAGGAAGUUGGCUUGGAGGCUUGGGGCAAGAUUAUGACGUAUCUUGCGGAUGAGCUAAGGGGGAGGAUGUUGCGGGAGGAGUAUGAGGAGAUGGAUCGCAAGUUUGCGCGGACGUUUGUGUUUUGAGGAGGACAUGCAUAUAUAUGUGUACGUUGAAAGAUGAGUUGUUGCAGGUGGAU